CGCAGGCGCGCCAGGCGCCCCGGCUCUGGAGCAUAAACAAGAGCGGGGUCGGGAUGAGGCGGCGGUUGAUGUCCGAGUGGCGGGUGGCGGCGAGCGAGGCGGCGAGCGGGGCCCGGCGCCGACCCUGAGCCCACCCGGACCUGCUCUCCCGCGCGCCAGCCCCGGGCCGGGCCCCGCCGCGCGCCCACCAUGAACCUGGCGAGCCAGAGCGGCGAGGCCGGCGCCGGCCAGCUGCUCUUCGCCAACUUCAACCAGGACGUCACCGGUGGGGGGCCUGACCUGUUGUCCCUGAUUCUCCGCCUCCCCCUGGUUCCUCAGCCCUCCCGCUCCAGCCUCUCCCCUGUUCGGGCCCUUCUUCGUCUCCCUGUGGUCUCAGGGUCCGUUUGAUCUCCCUCUCUCCCCGCCUCGCUGUUCUUUUUGACAGAGUAGAAUCUGGAUGGAGGGCAGUGAAUGUAGAAAACGGACCAUAGCAAUCUUUAAAGAUGAAAACUACUGAAUGCUAGCGUUCUGUGUGACCAAAAGCCAGUCCAACAAAAACAGUUUGGACCACCUGUUGCAGGAGGUUAUAACUGAGAUGGACUAUGUUAUACUAAUCCAGAAUUGGGAAAAAGGCAUCAAGAAAAGCUGGUCCCCGUCAUCUCCCUCUUCUUGGCUGGUUAGUUCCAACCCUAGUUUCUGAAAGUCUCUAGCUGUUGGUAGUAAAUCCGGUUAUAAAUUUUUCUCCCUUUCUUCUGUGGAUAAACUGGAACAGAUCUAUGAAUGCACUGAUACUGAAGAUGUGUGCAUCGUGGAAAGAUUGUUCUCAAGCAGCUUAGUGGCCAUCGUUAGCCUCAAAGCUCCCAGGAAGCUGAAAGUUUGCCACUUUAAGAAGGGGACCGAGAUCUGCAACUACAGCUACUCCAACACCAUCCUGGCCGUGAAGCUGAACAGGCAGAGGCUGAUCGUGUGCCUGGAGGAGUCCCUGUAUAUACACAACAUCCGGGACAUGAAGGUGCUGCACACCAUCCGGGAGACGCCCCCGAACCCUGCAGGCCUGUGUGCGCUGUCCAUCAACAACGACAACUGCUACCUGGCGUACCCGGGCAGCGCCACCAUCGGGGAGGUGCAGGUCUUCGACACCAUCAACCUGAGAGCGGCGAACAUGAUCCCGGCUCACGACAGCCCGUUAGCCGCGCUGGCCUUUGACGCCAGCGGAACCAAGCUCGCCACUGCUUCUGAGAAGGGGACCGUGAUUAGGGUUUUUUCCAUUCCAGAAGGACAAAAACUCUUCGAGUUCCGGAGAGGAGUAAAGAGGUGUGUGAGCAUCUGCUCCCUGGCCUUCAGCAUGGACAGCAUGUUCCUGUCGGCCUCCAGCAACACUGAGACUGUGCACAUCUUCAAACUCGAGACUGUGAAAGAAAAGCCUCAGGAGGAGCCCACCACCUGGACCGGCUACUUCGGGAAAGUUCUCAUGGCGUCCACCAGCUACUUGCCCUCCCAGGUGACAGAAAUGUUCAACCAGGGCAGAGCCUUCGCCACGGUCCGCCUGCCUUUCUGUGGCCACAAGAACAUCUGUGCGCUGGCCACAAUCCAGAAGAUUCCCCGAUUGCUGGUGGGAGCCUCAGACGGGUACCUAUACAUGUACAACCUGGACCCCCAGGAGGGAGGCGAGUGCACCUUGAUGAAACAGCACAAGUUGGAUGGCAGCAUGGAGACGACCAACGAGAUCCUAGACUCCACGUCCCACGACUGCCCCUUGGUGACGCAGACAUACAGCACGGCUGUGGCCAAGGGUCCUCACGUGCCUUCGUCCCCAACGGCACUGGCCUACACGGACGAGCUGGGCGCGGUGGGCGGCGCGGGCCUGGAGGACGAGGCCAGCGCCCUGCGGCUGGAGGAGGACAGCGAGCACCCUCCCAUGAUUCUCCGGACGGACUGAGCGUGACCGGUGAGCUCUUCAGACCCCCGAGGCAGAGGACACUGGCGGACAGAGGACGUCGCGGCGUGCUGCUAUGAACUUUGACCCGAGCUGGGGAAGAGGAUGGCAGACUUCAAAAGGAAGAAAAAAGAUGUAGCUGUAGUUGCAUUCCAUACUGUCGAGAAAUACAUUGUUUUCACUUCAGUGGCUUUUAAUUCUGCUUAUGAACUUUAGCUUUUUGUUGGUUUUCUCUUUUUGCCAAAAUUAACUGUUUGGUGAAACCCUGAAACCUCCUUGCCUUGCAUGUGUUCGUGUGCCAGCCCAGCUCAGGAGAGCGCGAGCCGCGUCACAGCAGCUGCAGGCAUCUGGGCUUCCCUGUGCAGCGUGAGGAGCAGCCGAGGAGGCGGCGAGCGGAACGGGUCUGGUCCUGCUUGGGCGGGGCCAGGCGGCAGCCUGGGAGGGGGGGUCCUCUCCCUCUAGAGCCCCUCUGGGACCAUUUUCCCUGUUUUAUUUUGUUAAUUAAAUUCUUUCCAAAUUGGA